CCCGGCCCCUCCUGACGGGUGCCCGCAUCAAGAUCACUCGCAGCUUCCUCAUCGGGGGCGCUCCCCGGGAACACACCGCUGCCAGCAGCGGCACCAGGAGCAACGACUACAACAGCAGCACCCACCAGCACCAGCACCAGCAGGACAAACCGGACGACCCUGCCGCCUCCCCCUCAGCCUCCCCCGCUACCGCUGCUGCUGCUGCUGCUGCUGGUGCCGCGGGGCGGGUGCGGCGGUCGCUGGCCGCCUCCUGGGCCGAGCUGCCGCUGCUGGACGUGGGGGUGGGAGUCAACCUGGAC